AGAAUGUACGAUAACAUAGUUAUUUCGAACUAACAAUAAAUGAAGAAAGUCUAUUCUUCAGCAUUAUAGACUUAAAUGUAACAGUAUAUAUUAGACUUAAAUCAGUAUUUAAAUGUAAUGCUGUAACUUACAAAUUGUGGUAUAAGUAUUUGAUUGAAGUAUAUUUAUUUAUGUAAGAAAGUGCCAAAGUCAUGUACAAAAUGUUUGGUACAACUACUCUAAUAAGCAAGUCGUUCCUAGCACUUUUAAUAUUAUUGACAUUAUACUUUCUUGGAAUGGACCUUUUGCUUUAUUCUAGAAUACAGAAUUACGCUGUGAGACCACUACCAAAUAGCACCAGAUAUGUUUCAGUUAUACCAUGUGACUUUAAUCCAUUGUGUACAGUGACUGUGAAAGGAUUGAUGCUUGAUCAUCCAAAUCAUUUUCUUCUAAGCCCUCUUGCUGCUAUUAUGGAUAACUUAUUACACAUAAGCAGUUCUUGGACAUGGGUAACGCCCAAUGCAAUCAGUUGCUUUCACGUCUUAGUAGCAGUGGCAGCUGGUAAAUGUGUUUCCAGUGACUCAUUGUCUUACAGACGCUUAGGCGUAAUACUUUUUCAAGCAAGGACAUGGUUAGAUGAUCUAGAUGGCCAUGUUGCCAGAAAAAGAGCAAAUAUUGAUGGUGAACGAUCAGAUGUUGGUUCUACGGGUUACAUCGUUGAUGGCAUUUGCGAUGCCUUGGGUUGUGUCGCUCUAAUUAUUGGCCUGUAUCAGUUUCUUGCCCGAAAUUCAAGUAGACGUGGAGGAUAUGACAAGCUAUCACAACUUCCUGUUUCAUCGGUUGUGGACCCUGGCAAUGUAACUUCAAAAACUUCAAAUGGCGCACUUCGUAACAUACUACUUAUGACCGUCCAUUUGUUCCUGACCAGUGCUGCUUGGAAUCGAUAUAUAUCUUUGUACCAGGAUCUUCUUGAGACUGAUUAUAGAACACCAUCAAUUAGUAAAGAACGUCUUUACAUUAGACAAACAACUAUAUUAAGAAGCUUAUCCUUUUGGGUAAUAGUGCUAUGCUGGAAGUUUGUGAAUUUUCAUGCAGUUAUGGAUUACUUACUUUUGGCGAUAUUUUUUGAUCGUUUGCGUGAAUAUAUUAAACUUGUAAGAUGGUCCUCUUAUGUAAUCAUAUUACUAAUUGUUUAUGUAACUGAAUUUCAUUUUUUGCGGGCCUAUACAUAUGUACAAGGUGUAUCAUCAUUUAUUGACGAAGAAGUAUCUUCAUCUAAUGUCUUCAUUCAGGGAUGACAGUAUGAAUCUUGGAAGACCCUGUUUUCUGUAUUUGUUCAUCACCGGUGAUAUACAAUACCCAGAGUAACUCUUGUACAUUGAAAUUUGCAAAUUUGUUUAUCUGUAAAUCUUGAUAAAAUUUUUUGUAUUUUGUAUUUUUCUGCAUGUAUUUUGUAUAAAUAACAGACUGAUGUAUAAAGAAAAUGUAUAUAACCCCUUAAAUAUUAAGCUUUAUCACAGUUUUUUUAAAUUUCACUUUGAAAAUAUUGUAUGGUAUUGAAGCAUUAAUAUAAUAUUACUGUUUUAUCAUAGUUAUAAUUGCCAAAUAAAUUUGCCAGAUCAUUUGAAAAUUAUAACAGAUAUAAGCUUAUACAUUAUCUUUUCAAAAGAAAAGAUUAUUAGAAAUGAAUACUGGUUCAAAGUACUUAGUAACAUACAAUAAAUCUUUAUUCCUUGUUAAAUAUAUUUAUAUACUAUGUUGUAAUUGUAUCUCUAUUUCAUGUAUUUUACUGAUGAUACUGUGAUCUUUAAUAUUUACUUCUUAAUUGGUUUAAGGGGUUAAUGUACACAUAUGAAUCAUAUUUUAAUGGGUAUGUAAUUAUCCAUUACAUUAAGGAUUUUUCUUAAGUGUAAUUUUUAUAUGUGUAGUCCAAUUUGAGAAGCAAAAUGAAAAUUGUUGCAUCUUUCAAUUUAGUCACUUUCUAUCUAAAUGAACAAUAUAUUAUUAUAUGUACAUGUGGUAUAUCUAUACAAUUUAUGUUAAAAGAUACAACAAUAAGCUGGGUAAAAUAUGUUGAUACAUGAUAAUUAUUACAUAUUACUGAAUAUGUUAAACUGUAAUUUCCUAUUUAUCAUUUAUAAUAAUUAACAAUUCUUGCCUUAUCUAUGUAUUUUGAUGUGAUCCCAGUGUUACAAGUUAUCUAGUUAUAGCAUUUGUAAGUUUGCCAGAGUUAUGUGGUAGGUUGUUAUCGUGCAUAAGCUGUUAUAACGAGCUUUCGAUUAAA